AAAACCAACACGCUUGCAGGAGAGCUAUGGCACCCUCGCACAUUUCAUUUUUGCUCCCAACUCUCCUCCUAGUUCUACUACUAGUCACCGAAGUAGCAGCAAAAGUUCCGGCAGUCAUAGUGUUCGGAGACUCCACCGUCGAUGCUGGGAACAACAACCAGAUUCCCACCAUUGCCAGGAGCAAUUUCCAGCCUUAUGGCCGUGAUUUCUUUGGUGGCAAGCCAACCGGGAGGUUCUCCAACGGUCGAAUUGCCACGGACUUCAUCUCUAAAGCCUUUGGACUCAAACCGACCAUUCCGGCCUACUUGGAUCCUUCCUACAAGAUAUCGGAUUUCGCCACUGGUGUCACAUUUGCUUCUGCUGGCACCGGCUAUGACACUGCAACUUCAGAUGUGCUGUCUGUAAUAUCACUGUGGAAGCAAUUGGACUACUACAAGGAAUACCAGACUAAACUGAGAGCUUACCAGGGAGGAAAUAAAGCAAAGGAAACAAUAAACGAAGCUUUACACAUGAUGAGCUUAGGAACCAAUGACUUCCUGGAGAACUACUACUCCACAUUUCCACCAUCUGGCCGAUCAUCCCAAUACACUACCUCCCAAUACGAAAACUUUCUCAUCGGAAUAGCAGGGAAUUUCGUGAGAGAACUCUACAAGCUCGGAGCUCGGAAAAUUUCGGUUGGAGGACUACCUCCAAUGGGGUGCUUGCCAUUGGAGAGAACCAGUAAUUUCAUGGGUGGAAAUGACUGCAUUUCGAGUUACAACGAUGUGGCUUUGGCGUUCAAUAACAAGCUGAAUAACUUGACCGUAAGCCUCAAUAAAGAGCUUCCUGGGAGCUCUGUGGUGUUCUCAAAUAUUUACUUCAUUGUCCUGAAUAUGAUAAAAAAGCCUUCUUCAUAUGGUUUUGAAGUGACAUCCACAGCUUGCUGUGCCACAGGAAUGUUUGAGAUGGGGUACGCAUGCAACCGAAACAACAUGCUCACAUGCACUGAUGCAAGCAAAUACAUCUUCUGGGACUCCUUCCAUCCUACAGAGAAAGCAAACCAGAUCAUCUCUGAUCACCUUGUCAAACAUGUCCUGGCUCAGUUUCUUUAAUUAAUAUUCCUUCGAUAUAUGAAAGCUAGGGCAUAAACUACUAAAGGGUUCCUAUCCCUUAUUUCAGAUAAGUUGAUAUAUGGCUUUAUAUAUCCCUAGCUACUUAAUAUAUUUGUGCCCAACAACCAUGUAUAGGUUGUUUAGAAUGCAUUGUGGUUGGUGUUUGACAACAACAACAAAAAAUCAUUGUGGUUCUAAUUCUACUGCAUAUGGAGUGGCAGUGUGAUAAUCAGGGUGUAUUUAAUUAGUGGUUAUAAUUUAAGUAUGAUUCUAGUGUACGUGAAU